AUAAUUUAAAUAACGUAUAAUAAUUAGAUAGAAUUUUGAAAAUUGAUACAGGAAUAUAUUAAGAAUUUGAGAAAACUGGUAUUUUGAAAUAAGAUUUAAUAAUGAAUUACUCAUCGGAUAAAUCGUUUGACACAAGAGCUGUGAGGAAAAGCACUAGAGGCGUAAAGCAAAAAGGUGUCGACAGUGUUACUAAAAAAUUUCUUCGCAAUUUCGAUCCUGAGACGAGUGAAAGAGAGAAACGUAAAUUAAAUCGUCGUCUCUCUCAGCCACAAAAGAAGAACGUUUUGUACGAUGAAAAGGGAAUUUUAAAUGCAACUGGCGAUAAUCUCUGUGAUUGUUUAAAUAAAAAUUGUCCCGGUUGUCAUUUUCAAUGUCCAAAAUGUGGUUCUACGAAAUGCGGCCACGAGUGCAGAAAUAAUAGAAAAUGGACCUACGAUGCGAUUGAAAAUGAAGGCAGCGAUAACCUCAUAAAAAAUCCUGUCGUGAAAGAAUCCUAGCUUUGAAAUUCAGUCGAGAACUAAAGACUUACUUAAAUAAAGUUCAAGAACAGUAAAGCCAAUGGUAAAUCCGUGGUUUUUGUGAAGUGAAUUUAUGAGACUGCUCUCAGUGCUUUUGUUCUAAAGAAUUUACGAAAAUGGACUCAAUAACCGAUUUUUCACGGUAUUUAUUUAUAUUAAGUUUCUUCUUACUACUUUUACAAUAAUCGAAUUAUUUCAAGGAUGUUUACGAUAGAGAAAGAAUUUUCGAAAAUUGAAUUUAUGAAAUAAAUUUUUUACUUGUGAA